AUGUCGAGCACCGGUGACUGCUCGAUCGAAAGCUGCGCCGUCGAGCUCUCUUUAUAUGGCUAUCGACCAAACUUAGGCGCCAACAUCUUUCUCACGGCCAUCUACUCUUUGGUCAUCAGCACGGCGGCUAUCAUCAUCAUACGACGGAGAAGAGAGUGGCUCAGUUACAAUAUUUGCAUUAUACUAGGAAGUAUUUUGGAACUGGUUGGAUAUGCAGAGCGCAUCAAAGGAUAUUCGAACCCUUUUGCCCUGGAUGGCUUCACAAUCCAGUACGCUCUCCUGACGAUCGCCCCUGUUUUCAUAACCGCCGCGAUCUAUAUAAGUAUUGGUCAGCUCGCACAAAAGAUGGGGAGAGGUUAUCUCAACAUAAGACCCAAUCUGUAUCCUCGCAUCUUCAUACCUUGCGACGUUAUCAUUUUGGCCGUGCAAGCAACUGGGGGUGCUCUGACUACCUCCCAGACUUCAACUCCCGAAGAGGCCGCCAAGUAUAAGGACGGGAAGCCCUCCGGUGUCAUCAUCACCAUCGUCGGUCUCGUUCUCCAAGUUGUCUCACUCACAGUUUUUCUUGUGUUGUUCUCGGCCAUUCUGCUUGGGCAAACUAAAAGUACAAGAUUGUCCGAGGCCAAGUCCAAUGAACCUACAGCGUGGACAAAGAGCAUGCGUCUUUCAAUGUUCAUUUACUCACUAGCAACUUCUUGCAUUCUCGUCCUGAUCAGGUCUGCAUACCGAGUUGCAGAACUAUCGAAUGGGCUUGACAGCGGGCUUGCCCAGAACGAGCCACUGUUUAUUGGAUUGGAUGGAAUCCUGAUUGCGCUUGCCACUGCCCUCCUCAUAGGAUUUCAUCCUGUGUAUUUGCUCAAGGAUUAG